UGAUAUUUGUACUUUGACCAUGUAGUUAGUAUUCAACUGGAAAUAGUAAUUAGCUAUAAGCACGUAUUUGAACGUAUAUAGUGCUGUUUCUACCUUACUUUCAGUCACUAAAUCCUAAUUUUCGCUGAACAUGAAGCUAUACAGCUUUAUUAUUGCUUUCGUGGUCUUGGCCACUUUCGAAGAUUCAAUCUUUUCACAACUUUUACCACAUGCAGAUCAAUUUACAGAACUAUUCGAAUCGGAAGCUCCUAUUGAAGAAGUCUUCAUGGAAUUAUUAGGCCAUGAUGCACCAACAAUGGCCAAAUAUUUUCAGCAAAUCCAACAACACGCUAACACCAAAAACGACAAACUCGCUCCGUAUGCAAAAAAGCUGAUGGUUGCUAGCCAGAACAUACUCGAUCAUUUGCUCGAGGAAAUCAACCACCAAAAAAAAGUGAACAUCGCGAAAUUCGUCAGUUCAGCAUUCGAUGUUAAUACCAACUCUUCCAAUACAAAUUCGGAGAUGGCGAAUCUAGCAAAACAAUUGAACGAACAUAUGGAGAAAAUCCUGGAAAAUUCUAUGGAACAAGCUAAGAAAAAUAUCAUAGACCGAUUGUUAAGUGUCGUAGAUGAUGUCACUAAUAAUGAAUCUGCCGCUAAAAAAGAAACUCCUAGGAACCAAGAUGCUGCCGAACCAAAAGAAUCUCUGGAAAAAAUGAAUCCAAAACCGAGAAAAAAUAAGUCUCUGACGAGCGAAACUGGAAGAUAUUCAACUGAUUCGGGUCGAAAGUUGGAUAAGAAGUCAACACAGAAAAGUAUCCUUCAAUAAGAGCCCUCACGUCUAGAAAUAAGAUUUUUCAAUCAUUAUUUGUAGCGAUUAAAUUUCAGUUUGCUAAUACAAUUAAAUUAUGAUUCUGG